AUGGCGAAGAUAAAUUUCAAUGAAUUAUUUUUAUUUCUAUGGGCAAUCAUUUUCAUAAUCGAUAUCGUAAAAUCUCAUCGUACUUUUAUUAUCUAUUGGAAUCAGACAACAUUUCGGCCAUAUCAAGACGGUUCAUUGAUCUUUGAAGUACGUUUAGGUGACGUUAUGGAUCUUAUAUGUCCGUUUUAUGAUGAACAACAAUCAUACAUGACAAGUGAACUAGAACAAUAUGAUAUCUACCGAGUAACUGAAAUUGAAUACGAAAAUUGUAAUAUUAAUUUAUUUGGUAAUGAUCCAUUGACACGUCGUGUAAUUACUUGUAACAGUCCGUAUGAUGUUAUGAAAUAUACACUUAAUUUUCGUUCAUAUCUACCAAUACCGAAUGGUUUUGAAUUUCGUCCCAAUCAAACUUACUAUUUUCUUUCAACAUCAUCAAGUCAUCAUCAACAAUGUAACAAACUUAAAAUUCUUGUACAUGAUUAUCAUCGCAUGUCAGUAUCUACCAGUACACAAUCAUUUGUCAAUGAUCAAGAACGAAAACCUAUUUCAUUUUCUCAUUAUUCUCAUUAUCGACAUGGAUCUUCAUCUUCGUCGAUAGAUAAAAAUGAUCGUAGUGAUAUCCAUCGUCCAAUAGUAAAUGCAAUUAAAGUUCAACGUCAUAGUGAUCCAUAUUCAAUAAAAUGGAUAACCGAAGGGCCACAUCGAGAUAUCAAUUAUGAUAAAACGUAUCGGUCAACAAAUUUCAUGCAUGCACAAUCUCCACCAUCACAUAUGCUUAGUCUUGCGCUGAGUUCUUCAUCGAUGAAAUUAUCUAUAUCCUAUAUUCUUCUAUGUAUUCUACUGUCUUUGAGAUAA